AUGGCACAAUACGGAGGAGAUCAGAAAUACGGAAGAGAAGGUCGCCACACAGAUGAGUAUGGCAACCCUGUUCGGAAAACUGAUGAGUACGGAAACCCAAUUCACUCCACCACCGAGGGAACCAUGGGUGAUUAUGGUGCAACUGGCCACCAAGGUCUAGGUCACACCACCGGAGGUACAGGGACGGAUUACAAAACUAGCGGCGGUUAUGGUGCCACCGGCCACCAGGGGCUGGGUGCCAAUAUAGGUCAUGCUACCGGUGGUUUAGGAAGUGACUACGGUACCACCGGCCAUCAGGGUUUGGGUACCGGAGGUUUGGGAACUGAUUACAAAACCAGCGGUACCGGUGGUCAUGGCACCACCGGUCAUCAUGGCAUAGGCACUGACGUAGGCCAUAGGACUGGGGGAACUGGAGGUCAUUAUGGCACCGGUGGAGCCACUGAAUCCUAUCAAAACCAACCUAGCGCCACCCCUUUUGCCGGCGGCGGCAUUGGCACAGGAACUGGGGCAGGCUACGAGGGACUUGGAGUCGCCGGUCACAAGCAACCUAGCGCCACCCCUUUCGCCGACUCGGUCGCCGGCACCGGAACUGGGACAGGCUACGAUCGACACAGAUCAGAAGAAGGGCAUGAGAAGAAAGGGGUGAUGGAGAAGAUCAAGGAAAAGCUUCCCGGUGUAGAUAGCACCGACGAGCAUCAAAGGGUUUCCACCACAACAGCAGGCGGCGUUGGUGGUGGUGGUUAUGGGGAAGGAGCAAGCAGAGACGGGAUUGAGCGUUGUAUUGUCUGUUAUCUGAAUCUCUUAUAA